GUCAAAUUGUGGGACUUUAAGAGUCGCUCCAAAGAAGCGAUUCAAGUGUUAGAUGAGGCCAAAGACAGUGUCUCGUCAGUGGUUGUGUCCGACCAGCAAAUAGUGUCGGCAUCUCUUGAUUGUUCCGUUCGUUCCUAUGAUAUCAGGAAAGGGAUCAUGAAUUGCGACCGAACUGAUGCUUCUGUAAGCAAUGUCUGUUUGACACGCGAUGGACAGUGUCUUCUAAUCAGUUGUCUUAACAAUACCGUCAAAUUACUUGACAAAAGCAAUGGCGAAGUACUAGCGAUAUAUACCGGACAUUCAAAUAGUAAAUAUCGAAUCGACAGCUGUUUGACAGACAAUGAUUCGGUUGUCCUCUCGGGCUCUGAAGACGGAUCAGUGCAUUGUUGGAGUUUAAUUGAGACAACUAUUAUCGGAAAGAUUGGUCACGACAUGCAUAGAGUUGUUCACUCUCUGAGCUCACAUCCGAGUGCUAACAGACUGUUGACCGCAGCCGAGGGUUUCAUAUAUUUGUGGUCUAAUGAAGAUAUAGUGAAAGAGGAGGAGACAUAACGACUUGAG